AGGGAUAGUCUGUCGUGGCAGCAUGGCAACGUAGGUAGACCGUUUCACAAACUCAAGUCAAAAAACCAGUUUAUUUACCGACUACAUCCGUGGAGUGUCGCUUUGCAAGCGUACACAAUACGCAGAGCUAUUUCGAAACAAUUUAUUUAUUGCCGUCUGUGUUUCCUUAUCAGAAAUUAGUUUAGGCGUUUAUUUUUAAAGUUGUUAUAAAAGUAUUGUAACUUUAAUUCAAACUAGUGUCAUUCAUAAAUUUAAAAGUAGUGAUAGGUGUGUCGCAGCGUGAAUUUUGAAUCGUGAGUUAAUUUGUGUGCACUCACGUGAAAAUACAGGUGUUUAGUUGCAUGUGCAGUUCAAACGUGUAAAAAAGAGAUGUUGAUAGAUUGCGGAACACAUCUUCAAUUCGAUUGCAUACAUCAGUGAACUUCGUGUGACGAAUUCUUUGCGGACUUUAUUGAAAACAUGUCCACAAACCGUAAUCUGCACCAGACCAUGUGCAACCAUUCCUGAUGUUCUGGUGUGAGAUCGGCUGAGAUGCAGCCAUGGCGAGCGGCAAGGCUAUGUAUUCUAUAGCCGUUGUUGUGUUCGGCUUCAUAUGUUUUGUUGUCGGUGCCAUAGCGGUGGGCCUACCAACAUGGGGCUACUAUUACAGUUAUGAUUCUGGCAUAGAUAUCGCAUUGCAGUGGCACUCUUUCGAGAACCCGAACUACGACAAAGGCUACUUCGGGCCAUGGCGCAUGUGCAAGAGUCUGCUCUACAACAGGGAGAAAUGUGGCGACGAUGUCUCCAAAUUCAGACCAUCAACUGCGGUCUACAUAGCGGGUGUAGUCGGAGCGAUCGGUACUUCUGUGCUCGGCGUGUUCUGCGUGCUGUCAGUCCUGCAGCUCGCCAUGAUCUCGUCCAAGGAGCGUGUCGGGCUAAAGUACUCCACCCUCGUCAUGCUGAAGCUGGCGCUGGCGCUGUUAGCCGCGUUGCUGUCCAUAGCCGCGGCAGGUCUGUUCGCCGUGCAGGGCGAUGACAGAGGCUUCCGGGUGACGAGGGGAGAGGCGUUCUAUGUGCAGAUCGUGUGCAUAGUAAUAAACUCGCUACUAUUCAUCAUGUCCGUGUACGACGCGCUGUUCACGCGGCGCAGCGGCGGCGACCCCACGCACGAGACCGACUCCACCACCAUCAACAACCCCGGCUUCAAGGAGGGUCGAGGCAUCUCGAUGACGGACGCGUCGGGCAAGCCGUACGGCAGCAACGGGCACGGCUCGCUGGCGUCCGUGGGCACGGCGGCCACGACGCUGACGGCGGGCUCGGGCUCGGACGCCAGCACCGUGACGCGCUCGCCGCUGCGCUCGUCCCUCAAGAAGCCGCGCGCGCUCGGCAUCCCCAACCCCGGCUACUCGGGCCACUCGCCGCCGCUCGCCAGGAACGGCAGCCAGAAGAAGGUGCGUAUCCAGACCCACAGCACUGAGGUGUAAGGGCUCCUUUGGACCAGUCGGCUGAGCUGACUGUAACCUAUAGUCCGCAAUGUAACUAAAAUCGCAUGCGAGUUCGCGCGCCGUGUAAAUGAGCGAUAGCCGAAUUACUACAAAUGCACGGAGGAUUUCACCGUAUGGAAUAUAUGAGUCUGUUUGGGAACAACCGAAACCAGAUUUUUUUGCCAAAACAGAAAAUUCGGUUUUGUUCUAGUUUCACUCGAUUAGAGACCCUCGUUCGGCAAUUUUUCGGCCGAAAGUGAACCUUCGGCCUAACGUGAUUUUUAUGCUGAAACAUACCGAAACCGAACCCGAAACUUCGGCUGGACGCUAGCGAGUAGUAAAGUACCUAAAACCUUUCAAAACCCACCUUGCUUGGUUGGUUUUGGACACAUUAGUCAACAUUAUUUGAAAUUUUACUAGACUGUGUAAACUGACUCUGCACCGAGUUUGAAGUCACAAAGUGUUACACUGCCACUAUAAAGACAGUUCGCUCGCAUUAGGGAAAUACGCUUUAGAUGUCGCUAUGCGCCUCCCUAAGGCUUUAAAACAAAAAAAAAGAAUUGAAAAAUUCAAUUCAAACAGUUGAAUAAGAGCGAUUGGACCAGUAUUCCAAAAGGUCGCAAAUUCAAAUUAUGCCCGAAGUCGUGAACUUUCAAAUUUUUCUUCUAAUUUAAAAAUGUUUUAUUUGCAGACUUUAUUAAAAUAGUAGUAGUAAACAUAACAUUAAUAGUAGUUGCUACUAUUAAUGUUAUGUUUUCAUACGAAUUAGUCGUUUAAAGUGGCAGGGCUACACUUUUAUGGUGUUAUUCAUAAACUCUUGUCAAGUCUAACAAGCUUUUGAUAAUCGUUUAUCCUUAUCCAUCAUUUCGGCAUUUGUAUUUGUUAGAAUGAGACAAAAUUUAACAAAGUUAAGAUUAUAAAUUUCUGUGCAGAGUCUGGUUCAUCUUUAAAAACACGUAAUAUUUGACCGCAUGGAAUAUUAUGUGAUUAAUUUAAGUCCUUUGGAAAUGAGAGAAAGUAUCGAUAAACCAAGUGUAUUCGACUUGUUUUGACAGCUUGUGCAUCGCAAUAAUACCGGAUUGCCAAAUGUGACUUAGUGUGACAAGGAUGGGGUGAGGAGUCCAAAAUCCUCGAAAUGACCCGUUAUUGUGAAUCUUAUCGGAAUUAAUUGUAGAAAUUGCAAUAUUUAAAAAUAAAUUAUUCUAAAAUCGAGUCUCUUAUUGUCAUCUUAUCAUGUUGUUCACCAUAACGGCAGUGAAUGUAGUGAUAUUUUAGCGAUAUUACAAGCUGUCAAUAAAUAAUAUCGAUACAAAUAGGAAUAAAUCAAAUUAUUUUGAUUUGUAUAUUUUUAAAGUAUUCGCACUAUUAGGUAUAUAUGACUUAUAAACUGAAAUAGAUGUAAUAUACUAAACAAAGCGCUUUAAUUGCAUAUACUCGAGAAUUUGGGACGGGUACCUCCGUAGCUAGGUGGCCUUUAGCCGCGUAUAGAUCGUGUCAUUCACGAAGACGCGCGCCUUGACUCGUAUUGUCAUGUUAUUAAAGGAUAGAUUUGACAGAUCUGCGCGUCAUCGUGGAUGACACGAACUAUAAGUGGAAGGCUUGUUCACUUUUUCUUUAGUGUAUGACAUCUAUUUCAUUAUAAAUAAUAUCGAAUUACGAAAGUAUAUGUCUAUCAGACGCAAAGUAAGGACUAAGAAAAUAAUUACAAGGAUUUAGAAUUAGACUAAGCUAAGUUGGCAGAGAUUUUGAUAGCCCAGACCGUUCAAGUGUUAUUUAAACGUCAUCUCAUAGAAGUUUGACGUUUAAAGUAGCAUUUGCACCGUCUAUGCUAUGAAAAUCGCUGCCAACUUAGCUUGGUCUAUCUGUACUUGUUUAGUCAUAAAUUUAGACCAAUUUUUACGGUUAACUUAACAAAAAAGCAUUAUUUAUAUCGUCACUUGGAUAUAAAACCACAUUUAAAUAAUAAUUAUUUUGCUAUGGCAAAACGUCUAUAUCAACUUUUUGUAGUAAAUUAGACUACUUUGAUCGAAAUACCACAUUCAAGAAAAAAAAGAACUAACCUACUGAACAUAUUAAACAAUUUUUACAAUGUUGAUUGUAACUUAAAUAUAUUUUAUUUGGAUACGAGUGUAAACAAAUUAAUUGAACUUUAUCUACCAUGGAACCAUAUUAAGUAGUAUGAGUUUUCUAACGUAAGGUCAAUGUGGACAAGACCGGCAUAUACAAAUGUUUGCUGGGAAGACUGACAUAGUAUUUGAAUAAAGUAACUACGUCGCUCAGACACACUCUGAAAGGAAAAGCUUCAAUCCUACUGCUUAAAAGCGACGGACGGCGGUCCUUUAUAGACGGUUUUACCCACAUUGACCUUAACUAGACUUAAACCGUGAUCGAUUAAUUCGAUUUAAGUCUAGUGAAACUAACCGUUAAUCAUUCAAAACUGUUUGCCUUAACUGUUUGUAAAUACACCUUGUUAUGGUUCCAAGGUUUUUGCCGAGUGUACAGAUAGACACAAAAAAUGACCUGAAUAAUACCUAUAGUUGAUACAUUAUUUUCAAAAUACGCAUCUUAGCUCUAAGGCAAAAACUUGUAAAUGUCACUGGUCUUACCUGACUUAAGUAAUUUAGAAUAUUUAGCUUGUAAGAUAAUAUACAAAACCAAGAUAUUUACUUAUAUUUAUACAAUGCACGAUUUUAAAAUGCAGGGUGUUUUUUCGAUUCCUCGGCCAUAUUAACCCUUCGUUUGUACUUGUCAAAAAAUUGCAAUUGAAUGAACUACUACUAAAAUUAAAUUAAAUUGCUACUGAACGUAGAAUGUAUAAAUUACAGUCCUAAUUGUCUGGGAAGGAUACGGGACAAGGUUAAGAAAAGUGACUAGGUAGGUCAUAUUGAUUAACUUUGACUAUGGGACCAGCCUUGAAAUCGCGAAAUAACAACAAAUAUUUUUUACAGUACAUAUCGGGCUACUUUUCCGCACUAGUGUGAUAAUAAUUAGCACAUUACGUAACUAUGCUGAAAAUUUAAAGGGCCUUAAUGUACUAUAAAAUGUACGAUACAUGUACGAAUAGGUUAUUCGUGUCGAUUUAAAACACUCCCUUCGGUCCCGUUUUAAUUUAUCGCCACUCGUUUCUAAUUUCCUCCUUUUUGCACUUAUAUCGUACUAAUGUUUUCUCAACUACUUGACUGAUCACACAGUAAAAUUGGUUCAGUAUUGCCUGCUUAACCAUCUACGAUAUGGUUAAGGUACGAAAAAAUUCUCCUAAAGUCCUAUAAAAAUCUUUUAUACUGGUUUAAACUGCUGUAUAAAUAUAAAUAAAAAUCAAGCAUCGCACACACUGUGAUGUAGAUAUAUGUUAAGUGGCAAGUGUUAAAGCACGCUUCAUGAAUCUCGACAUAUCCCACUAUUUACACUUUUGUAUUGAUGGUUUUAUAUCGCAAUAAACUUACCUGUAAAAUGGAAAUCAGAUAUGACCUAAGAGCAGUCAAAACGAGUCUCUAAUGUAUCUAUCCUUUACUAAGCGCCACUUGCAUUAUUCCACUAACCCGAGGUUAGCCGGGUAAACCUAGGAGUUACCAUGGUUACCAGUACAAUUUGACACUGGGUUAACCGGGUAAACCUGGAGUUACCAUGGUUACCAGUACAAUUUGUCACUGGGUUAACAGGGUAAACAUGGAGUUACCAUGGUUACCAGUACAAUUUGACACUGGGUUAACAGGGUAAACCUGGAGUUACCAUGUUUACCAGUACAAUUUGAGACUGGGUUAACAGGGUAAACCAGGAGUUACCAUGGUUACCAAUACAAUUUGACACUGGGUUAACGGUUUAACUGCUUAACCCCGGGUUAGUGUAAUGGCGAAAGUGGUCCUAACUCAGGGUAAAAUUGUUCUGGUAACCAUGGUAACCCCAGGUUUAACGGGGUAACCCUGGGUUAGUGGGAUGGUGCAAGAGGUUUGUAUGAGUGUACUUUAUAUGAACCUGACCAAUUUUAAUUAGUCUUGUAAAUUAAAUACAUCCACAGGGCUACAAAUGUAGUGCAUAAUUGUUUUCCAUCGUAUUUUCUCGGAAACGUUCGUAUAUGUCAUGCUAGUUCAGUCAACCUCAGUACUUUUUGUACCGAGACUGACUGAAAUAGCAAGACGCGUUUGUACGUUUCCGUGAAAAUACGAUGGAAAAUAAUUAUGCACUACAUCUGUAUGUGGCCACCAUAGUAAAUAAUAAGUAUCUGAGUGAAAAGUCAGCUUUAUAUCUUCUACCGGCUCACCAACAAAAAAUGCAGUCUUUGUAUCAAUGGUAUUUGGAUAUAAUGGCGUAAUUUUAGAGAGUUCAGUCAUUUUGUAUGGCGUGUUAUUAACGCCAUCUAUUGAAACGCUCCUUGAAACACAAGAGCAAUGAAAGCUGGUCAAUUUGUAUGAAAAUUUCCCUACACAGUGACUCGAUUUCAUUUCUCUUUUGUAUAGAUGGAUAAAGUCUGUUUGUGUAGAAAAACAACUAUGUAAUCUUUAUUAUUUACUAUUAAGGCGAAAAGUUUUACAGCUAUUCGAGAGUAAAUGUCACAUUGUUAUUUCAAUCAAAUAUCCGUAAGACUUAUACCUUUUAUUUUUUUACACAAUUUUAUAUACUUAAUUACGUUUAUGUAUAUUUUCGUGAACAAAGUUCUUUUUAUAUAUUGUCUACGCGUGUACAUAGUAUAAUUAUUACCAGCACAAAGUGUUGAGAGAAUGUUUUAUACAUAUAGCUUGUUGUAUAUUUGUAUGCAAUUCAUUUUAUCACUUAACUGUAAGUUAGUUGAAAUAUAGAAAUGACUACUUUUAUAUAAGCUAGUAUUACAUAGUAUUGUAAAUAAACAUUCCUAAAAUAAAUAAAACCCACCAGGCUUGUUACAAGAUCGUCACGUUAAAAACAUGAUUUAGGGUAAGACAUGAUUUCGCCUUAAAUACUUUUUUUAAUCAUUUUAGUACUAAAAACUUAAGAAAAGCC